GUGAUCAUCGUUGUACUUGCGCCAGUAGCAGUGGUAGGAAAUGCACUGGUUUUGACGGCCAUUUGGAGAAAGUCCUUUCAGAGGACAACAUUUCACAUUCUUUUGAGUGUUUUGGCGUUUACGGACUUGUUGACUGGUGUUGCCAGCCCUCUUAUGUCCAUUCCCUAUUUGCUGAACCAUGAGUUUGGAGUCUCCAUGCCUGGCAUUCUCAUUAGUACAUAUCUGUUAUGUCUUACUAUACUUGUUAUAACACUUCUGUCCGUUGAACGAUGGCUGCACAUGACUCACCGAUCCUUACUCACAUCACACCGUGGAUAUUGUUUUGUUGUCCUCCCAUUCCUAGCGCCAGUUCCUUUGGUUACUUUACAGGCAUUGAACCUCAGCACGAAGAAAAUGAAACUAGAAACAAAUGCUUCGAUGGGUGCUUAUGCGCUAUCGUGUUACUUGGCCACCUCUGUUGCGUAUUUCAAAGUGUUCCGUAUUAUUCGACAGCACCAGCAACAAAUUCAUACGAAUCAGUCUCGUCAAAAUUUUGGUCAACCGGCGAUCGACUUGGCAAAGUAUAAGAAAUCGAUCUUUUCAAUCUUUUACAUUCUUGCUUUGUUUUCUUUGUGCAUUUUACCUUUCAUUGUUUCGCUUUUCCUCCUUGUUCUUUUGGGUAAGAAAGAAGAAAGUUGGGGGCCAUAUCACGUAUCUUUGGUGAUCUUACUUUCAGCAUCCUGUCUCAAUCCUGGCCUUUAUAUUUGGAGAAUGAAAGAUGUUCGUGAUGGAGUCAAAAAGUUGUGUUGUUGCACAAACGGAUCCCACUAGAUAUAACUACUAGUAUCGACGGGCAGAAUUGUUGUUGAACGCUAUCCUCAAAUUGGGUUCAUCGAGCCUCACGGAAGUCACCUACUGAAGGUGGUCGCUUACAUGCUUACAUGUUGCAUGCAAUUUCUAAGUUACGAUAAGUGUCUUCGGAUGCUGUUUGUAGCGUAGUACAUACACCGAACAAAGAGUUUAGACCAUGCGUGAAGUGGUCGCUUACAAGAGGUUAAAAACAUUGGAAAACUCAGAUAAAACCGUCAUCCUAAAAAGUGGUCGCGGUCGCUAGUAGUCAUGCUUCAGCAAAGAUAAGCCCCGUUGGUGUAUAGGUACACGUAUAGAUAUAGGUAAAUCAUUUAUUCACAUACCUUCCUGCAUACUAAUUCGGUAUAGGUAUAGGUAAAUCAUUUAUAUUGACAUGCCUUCCCGCAUACUAACUCGGUAUAGGUUUACUAAUGAGCGUCUCCCUUAUUCAAUAGAAACAAUAAGCUUGCCUAGGCUUGCCCGUUAAAUAACUUGAGCCUGGUUUGAACGUCCAUUAAAAGGCAAAAAUAGGAAUAGGAGAAGCGUUCACCUAGCAACGCCAGAAUUGGCUUUCUAUAUCUUAUUUAGCGCUUAAACUCAGAUAUAUAAACAAAACACAUACACAAAGUGGAGUUGAAAAGUCUUUAUUUCAAUUUAGUUUAUGUCUUCUUAUUUAGCUCUAAAACUCGGAUGUAUAUAAACAAAACACAUAUACACAAAAGUGGAGAUGAAAACUGUCUAUUUCAAUUUUGUCUGGCGUUUUCUCCUUUCUAUCUCGAGGAAAUGAAAAACAAAUAAAGUCUUGUAAUUUCACGCACCGUUAAUCAGUUAAUUAUGCGAGUUCGCGAGCCCAAAGUUGAAUACAAAUUAGCUCUACAGGAAAAACCCCAAGAGAGAACCUUGACGUAUUAGUAUAUAAACAAUUAAUAACUUAAGGCGGGACCGAACCUAUUUAUAUGCGUGUUAGUUAUGUUUUUUAUUUGCGUUUUUCGGAAUGAAAGAUUCCUCCGAUUUCAAUGAUUUUCGGCACACCAAAUAAAUAAUGAUGGAACUUUAAGAAAAUGUUAUUUGUUUUCUUGUAGGUAUAAAAACAUUUGAGAUAUCGGCAUAUAUUUAAAACCGCAUUUUUGCGAAAAAUGUAAAUAACUUCGAAAUCCCACGACAGAUGUUUCCCUAACUUCAGGAAAUAAGCGUCAGAGCUCUCUAGGUUUACAUCAGCAAGUUUGAAGGUAAUCGUGACAGUGUGAAAGUUGACGCACGAAUAGAGGAAGACUGCCGAGAGACUAUCUCCUAUCUGAAAGGAUAUUUCUACCUAAAGCUUUAUUGCAAGAAACAGAGUAAUCAGAAACUUACGGCGAAUACAGUUAGCACUUAAAGAAGAACAAUUUUAAGCUGAGUGCACGGUGAUAUUAAAGAACUUCUAUUCAUCAAACUUACUUUGUAUUUGUCCCUCUCUUUUGGACACAAAUCUUAACAAAGCAAAAUAUAGCUUCUAAGAAAAACUCUCAAGAGUUUUAAGCGUCGCGGGUUCCCGUUUUGAAGAGAAGUGAGGCCACCAACUCCAGUACUUCUAACCAUCCAUUUUUCAGCUGCAAUGAAAACCCUUGUAUUUGGUAAUUUAUUCAAGCUUUUUAGACUUGCCAUCACAUUCGCACGGCAAGUUUACCGCUUGGGAAUAAAGAUGAAAACAAAUAUGACAAUCGUCUUAUUCUCCUCAUUAUCCCCAACAGCAAACUGCCCGUGCGUGAUGGUAAGUCAUAAUUGCUAGCAAUAAAACCACAAGAGAGAUACCGUUUUAAAAACUUUAUUAAAAACAAUGACAAAAAGAGUCAAAUACACAGCGAUUUGUAAGGAAUGGAAAUUAAUUGAUCUUCAUCUUCUUCGCCCAUGGAGUACUUGUAAGGUUCGAGUUUCUGAUGCAGACGUUUUCUCAGCUGUUUGGCAUGAGCUUUAUGAUCAUCCAAAUUAUUUACAAAUUGAAUCCGAUGCCUUUUGCGCUUCGGGAAUUGUUGUGAUGGGGUUUCUACUGUGGGAGGAGGCGUCAGGAAAGCAGGAUUUAAGGGUGGUGGAGGAGUGAGGCUUUUUCACGCUCUGGAGGACACAAAACAAAAGAAACCUACCCCACUAGACUGGGGUCCACCACUCCAUGUAAACAGGGUCUUGGUCAGGUUUUUGAGAGAUAGCCGCUUGUGUUAAUUCAGGUGUUACAUUAAAGGUGCUGAGGGGAGUGGAGAAUGCUGUCGUUGCUGUCGAAGAAUCUUGUGUCCUUGAUGUUAAGUCUGGAACAGUGCUGAUUAUUUCUUCCGGUCGUGUUCUUGUAUUUAAUUGUUCUUUAAAAGCCAGGUAUCUGUUUUGCAACUGAGAGUAUCGUUUAGUUUUUUCAUAGUCCCGAAGAUCGUUUCGAGAAAGCACGUCAUCCAUGUUGCCUUGUAUUUCUUGCAUAGCUGGAAGAAGCGGGACAGGCGAAAGAGUUUGCUGCUUCAGAUAUUUUAGAAGCUCUUGAUGAAUAUUUUCUUGAAACCCUGCUUGGUUAAAGCCUUCUUCACUGGGCAGGACGUUUGUUCGCAACCGACAGUUGGGUAGUACUUUUCAGAUCAAUCAAAAGAUAACCAAAAGGUCUUUUUACAGCCUCUUCGUAUUGAUUUAAAAAGAAAUCCGUCUACCCAGGACACAUUUGCUUCGCCAGAGUCAAGAUUUGCAAUUUGUCUCGAGGAUUCUUGAAUAACACCAGAUUAUGGCUGUUUAGGCUUAUGCUGCGGCUACCUUUCCCCUGAUGAAAUAGAUUCUGCACGAUAUAAAUCACGCGCAGAUUGCGAUGAUGAGAACCACGAGUGACGAGGUUCACAAUUCGCUUGUCUUUACUGGCGUCAAUCGUCUGAUCAUCAAAUACGAUCAAAUUCCGUUUGUUCACAUCAAAAUAAGAAUCCUGCUCCAAAGUCGUAGGAAUUCCCUUGACGAAUUCAAUGUGUGGCAUGGCGACUAACAUUUGUGUAUACGCAGGCUACUAUUGUGAAUAACACCAAACGAUCCUCUCCGGGGGAGGGUAAAUGGUCUCUGAAGCUUGUUGUAAUAGAGAUCGAACCCAGGCCGUUUUUCCGGACCCGGUCAUUCCGGCAAUCAUGGAGGUGAAAGGAUGCUCGAAGCGAAACCGCUGACAUUUCUACGAAAACAUUGGAACUGUUUGAAAUGGGGUGAGACCAGCAUUGUGGUGUUUAGACAUCACGUGCCUUUGCAUAUUAUCUUUUAUACUAAAGGAUUUUUCGCAGACAGAACAGAACCAACUCAUGUCAACUCCUCAGGAGCAAAAUGUAGACUGAGAAAGAGGUAGAAUGUUGCGCAUUUAUAUAGGUUUUCAGGCCAUAAAAUUCUAUUGUUUUCCUCUCCCAAGACCACCACCACCACAUUUCUAUUGUUUCCCCCCCACCACCACCACCGCCACCACAUUUCUAUAGUUUUCCCUCCACCACCACCACAUUUCUAUUGUUUUCCCUCCACCACCACCACCGCCACCACGUUUCCAUUGUUUUCCUCCACCACCACCACCACCGCCACCACAUUUCUAUAGUUUUCCCUCCACCACCACCACAUUUUAUUAUUAUUGUAUUGUUUUUCCCUCCACGAGAUUCUAUAAGAGACUACUAAGUGCCAUUCUUAGUUCAUUUUGUAGCAAAGUCUCGUGUACUGAACAACAAUCGUGGUUUUCUUCAACUGUUAGCUGAUUACAUUUCAUAAUUUAUUCUCUAGUUUUAUGUUAAUAUCUAAAUAAGUUGUGCUGAUAAUAAAACACUUACUAUGUUUUUAAUGUCGUUUUUGUCUUAUGACGUGAAUCUCCAGUUAACUACAGAACUGUUAUUAUUCAUUCAAAACAUUUUCCCGUUUGUGAUUGGCUUCAAUACCCCGGGCAGCUUGAGUUGACCUAAUUUGGAAAACCUUUGGGAUUUCCGGUGAAGUGACGUCAAACGUAUAGACCAUCGCCAAAAAAGGAAGGGGAACCGCGAAGUACUGGGGACGACGUUGCGUUAGCCCAGUUGUUUUGGCGGAGAUGGAGAAAAUGGAAGAACAUAUCACACGUUUUGCGGUGAAGAAAUAGCCGAACCUAAAACAUUGCAAGAACAGCAGGAAUAUAACUCAACUGAUGACAACUGCUAUUUGAAAGGUAUCUGCUAGCCUAAACAUUCCUAUAUACUCUGAAUGUGCAGAGGAACAGGUUAACGAAGGCGGGAAUUUAACAUUAAUCCAGGUAAGCAUGUUUUAAAGUAUGGGUUAUUUUGGAGUAAGUAAUAACAUGGAUAAUAGAAAGACUGCCAGUCUUUCUAUUAUCCAUGGUAAUAGCACUGUUAUUGGAUUGGGCUUUCGUAUGAUCUGAAGAAUUAUAAAGAUCUAGGAGGGUGUUAUCCGCCUCGUCCUUAGUUGUAGUAACAGCAGCAGCUUGUGGCAGUUUUACUGACUUUGUUAUUCUUGUCAUUAGACACUUUUAGAUUCACAAACGAAGACAACUUUGAGAACCGCAUUUUCUCAAUACUAAGUAGUGCGCGCGCAGGAACCCGCGUCAUUGUGGCGGGAAAAUGCGAUAGCCGUCGUCAGUCUUCUACGGCCUUUAGCAAAAUUGCCGUGGUGACGAAAACAAGUCAUAAAAUAUUACUAAAAAUGUAAUCAAUUGGUGAUUGGGAGAGGGCUGAACCUUCUUCAUUAGAAAUAACCCCGUCAACUUUUCUGUUGAAGGAAAAGUAAAAUGAAGCUUUCCGGGGUGUCUAUUUUUUGAGAAUACGCGAAAAUCUUGACUAUCUUGCAGUCCUCGUCCUAGUCAUUCUCCUCGAAGCUGUGAAGGGUUAGCAGUGAAAAGCCAAGGUGAAAAAAUACGAUGAAAAAAAACUAAACAGACAAAAAAAUGUGUAAGGGAAACAAAAAUUAUUAUUAUCGUCAUUUUAACUAAACAAUACCAAAACACUUCGGCUUCGACAAAUAUUCAGCAGCAUACUCAUGACUGCAUGUCGAACGUGUCUCAUCUUCCAACAGUAAAUCAGAGGAUUUAGUGUUGAAUUAAGCAAGAUCAUCGUUAGAGUGUAAAGCGAGACGUGAUUUGCCAAGGCACUAUUUCCAGUGGCUAACUCAACAGAAAAGACACAAAUCUGUGGAAAAUAACACACCAAAAGAACAAGAUACACGUAGAACGUGCCAACUGCGUACUUUCUUAUUUUCAAGGCUCUGGUCAAUAUUUUUCCGUUCUCUGCGACUUGCAGGCGAUGUAUUUGAUGUGAAUGCCUUCGUACUUCUGCGAGUAUUUUGUAGUGAAAAAAAGUUGUAGCUGUUAGACAGACAGCACCGUUUACUACAAAAAUAAUCAUAGCAGUAUCCCAGGACCACCGUCUGAGAGCGAGAAGAGAUGAAAAUCCACUGACAAUCCACAUUGCGACCACUACGGCGAUAACUCGCUUCGGAGUGACAAGUUCUCUGUAUCUGAGAUGUAGGUGAAUAGCCAAGAAUCUGUCGGCACUGAGAACAGUGACACCGUAAAACGAAGCAUAACCGAAGAAAUUCGCCAGAAUGCCAAAUGCUUUGUUGAUACCCUCAAAAUCGUAAUUAUUAUAAUUGUCCUUCAUUCUCACGGCAACAAAUGCUACGUACAAAGGCUGUACCAGUGCUCCAACGCCCAGGUCGGAAACUGCCAGAUUGAGAAGUAAUGUUCUGAGAACCGUCGGCAAAGACGCCGUUUUUCUUAACGCUUGUAUUGUUACAAUGUUCAACAUUAUGGCAGCGUAGGACAAGAUGGCAUUAAAAACGCAGUUAGCAAAGUAUGACAGAUACAGCUCUUCAAAAUUCUCUACUAAGUACAUGGUGCUGCAAACCUUACGCUUCUUUAAGCCUUUUUCAGUUUGGUGGGCCCUUUGUGAUUAGGAAUUUUGUUUUGAACGGGUGCAAGCCUGACAAAAUACCCCGUGUUUAUCUAUCUUAUGUCUGUAAAUAGCUAUUUUUAUUUCCAACUGUCUCUAUCACACAAUUGAUUUUGACAAACUCUAUUUGCCUUUCGUUAACAGUGAACGUUGGUUCGUCAAAUAAUCAUUCAAGCCGUCCAGUUGAAAAAUACUACCGACCAGGUGUCACUGCUUCUGGUAAAUAAAGCAGUGCUUCAGUCUCUCAGCUGGAAUGGAUGUUAGCCAAGGAAAAACUAAUAAAUGUUUUCUUGAAUGCCAUUAUAUUUUCUCCCAAGCAUAGCGGUGGUAGACAGCUUUUUAUAAAAUGUAAUUAAGAGAACACAAGGUGCCAUAGGCUUUCCAGCAAUAUGCUAAAAAGCCGUACAGCAGAAAGAAGAAAACCAACCGCAAAUUAUUAGUCUUGUUUUUAUAGCAAAGUGUAAUUCAGAGUAAUUAUUUGUAUUCGCCCAGAGCAACUCUUUCAGUUUACAUGUCGUGCAUAAUCAAUUAAAAAGCUGUCCAGUUUUCGAUUAACGAUUACACACGAAAUUUUUAACAUGUUAUGAAGGGGGCACCGGAAUCUGGAAUCCAGAAUACAGCUCAAGGACCCGGAAUCCCACCAACCAUUGAAUUCAGAAUCUAAAUUCCACUAAGACUGGGAUACAGUACCAGGAACCCAGAAGCCAACACUGUCUUGGAUUCCCUUACGCAGGACGGCAAAGUGCCUUAAAAGCUCUGCAAGUGUAUUCUAUGCACCCGGCGCGCGCGGGGGGGGGGGAGGUACUCGAUCAAUAUUUGAGUAUAGGUGAUCCGCUGAGGGUUUGAAACCCCGUCCCUGUUAAGGACAAAAAAAUCGUAAAAUACAUACGCUGUUAAAGGCACGCUGUCUUAUUUUAAAGCCAUAGCGUUUGUAUAUGUUUGGGCUACAAACAAAUUUCAUCUCACUGAUCAAAUCGAUCGUGCUGGCAAAAAUACCCUGUUUAUAAUUAGGACAGUCUCGCACGAAAUUAUAUACCGUGUUUAGGACAGAGAAGUCAAAAACCAUACCCUGUCCGGCGGCACAUCCCGUAAAGGCCAUAUGAGGGAGUAACCCCAGGGUCAGAUCAGCAGCGCUAUAAAGUUUAUCUUUUCAAUUGGUGUCCACGGGCGAAUUUAUUAGCCUUCUCCAUCAUUUUCCCGAGAAUCACAGAAUGCUGUCAUGAAUGCUGAGAUGUGGUCGCACUUAGAGAUUCGACUGUAUUUUUAGCGUCGGUUCGCGAGUUAUUGAAAUUUCUAUGCAACAGUUACUUUGUCGAAUAGAUAUUUGUAGACAGUUGGGUAUCCCUGAAAUAUUGUUCGCGAUGCGUAGUAAAUAUUCCCGAAAAGAUGGGUGUUGUGGGUGAAGCAGGAAAUGGUUGAUGUCUGCAAGUCCUUUGCAUUGCGAACCAUGGAGGAGUGGUUUGGGCGGCAAAGGAACGACUGGAGGUAAAUAAAAUCAACAAGUGAAAGUUUUAUCUCCCGAAUUUCAUUGCUUGGUUGGGUUUGGCGUAUUGUCUUCACUGUUCAAUUUGUACACUAUGCGAAUAUUUCAAAGUAAAAACAGCUAUAAAUAUUGUAUGUGGAAAGUUUUAGUAAUUAAAAACUAAAAUCAACUUCAAGUGGGUGGCAAACAUAAUAAAGUUUCGUUUGUUUUUAUAUUAUUGUCUCCUCACCAUUAUCAAUGCAAUUUCACCACGAGGUAUACUUUUUUAAUUGGAAAGACCAAAGAGCCGAGACAGUCAUGUUUUCCUAAUAAGAAAAAUUUAAUGUCAGCUCUUGGUAAAACAGUAUAUUAACUUUUAACAUGAAAAACAUCGGUGAACAAAAGUAAGGGUACAUAAAAAGAGGAAACCAGAUACCAAUCUGAAUAAAUAUAAUUUCAACUCAGAACAGCGGGUAAAGCGUUCUACAAGUACAUUGUAUUUGAAAAAUAUUGCAAAAAUAUCCAACAGGUCAUUUGAAAUCAAUGAAAAAACUUAUAAAAUACGAAAAAACCUUUUAAUAAUCCAUCGUGGUUUGUGCCAUCGCCGUGAAUACUAUCAGUUGUAUCACCAAGGGGUCUAUUCUGUUGUCUUUUUAAUGGACAAGAUUGGAAAGAGUCGAGUCCAUACAACAGUCAUGUUUUCCUGUAUAUAAUUAAUAUCAUCUGUUGGGAAUAUAAUGAACAUUUUUAUAUCGCAAAAAAAAAAAUCAGUAGUUAACAAUAGGAAGUGUCUAAAAAAGAGGAAACCGGGUGCCAAAUUGAAUAGAAGGAAUUCCGUCUUAGUACACAGUAGGCCAGCAUAAAACUUACUACGUUGAAUCGAAGGAAGAUAAAUACGAAUAACAUCCCAUGCCAAGAAAAAUCAUUCUUCUUUUAUUAAAGCACUGAUAUUUCGUCUUCUGAAGGAAGCCUUUGAGCGGGGUGAAUUGGUGACCUACGCAAACUGUUCAAAAGUUGGUUCCUUUGAAUGUAAGAAAGAAAUUUUCUGACUUCUUUUGUUUACGCUUUUAGAAGUUAGCUGACGAAUUUUCUUGCGUCGAUCAACUUCUCAAGCCCAUGAUUCCCGUGGCAUAGACAAUUUUCAAAGUGGCUGAACCGCGCUAUUAUAUGUCAUGUUGAACAACAACAAUAUCUCAAGCACCUUGAGCACUGGAGCAAGUGCUGAAGGGCCGAACAGCAUUCUAGUGGCAAGUCAUGUGAUCAUAGCUCUUCUUUCUCCCGUAGCAGUAGUGGGGAAUGCAGUAGUUUUAACAGCGAUUUGGAAGAAGUCCUUUCAGAGAACACCUUUUCAUAUUCUUUUGAGUGUUUUAGCGAUUACUGACUUGUGUACUGGAGUUGCCACCUGUAUCAUGUCGAUUUCCUAUUUGUAUAACCAUACGCUUUAUACAACUGAAUCAGCAAUUGGGAUUCUAAGCGGAACAUAUCUGGUGUCUCUAACAAUACUUGUUAUAACACUUAUGUCUAUUGAACGUUGGCUGCACAUGACUCGGCGAUCCUUAAUAACAUCGCGCCGAGGAUGUCUCAUCGCUGCGGUCUCAUUGGUAGUACCAAUUCCUUUCGUUGUUCUACAGGGUAUUUAUUUUUUCAAAGAUAGUUUUAAACUAGAGGUAGGCACCGCUAUGGGAGUGUAUCUGCUAUCUUGCUACUUAGCCACUUCUGUUGCGUAUUUCAAAGUGUUCCAUAUAAUUUGCCGACACCAGCAGCAAAUUCGUGAAAACCAGUCGUGUCAAAGUGUUGGUCAAAGAGCGAUCGACUUGGCGAAAUACAAGAAAUCCGUACUUUCAAUCCUGUACAUUCUUAUUUUCUUUUCUUUUUCUUUCUUACCUGUGACAGUUACACUCUUCCUCCUUGUUAAAUGGGGUGAGAGCAAGGGAACAUGGGAGCCAUAUCACGUGUCUUUGGUGUUCUUAUUUUUGUCUUUCAGUAUCAAUCCUGGUCUUUACAUCUGGAGAAUGAGAGACAUUCGUGAUGGAGUGAAAUCUCUAUUCUGCCCUUGUAGAUCCCAGCAAUAG